UGCGCGCAGGCGGCCGUUCAGAGCGGAUGUGGUUGCGGUUGAGGUCAGUUCCGGCGGGUGACGGUGCGGACGGGUCAGGAGCGUAGAGGCGGCGGCAAAAUGGCGGCGCCUGAGGAGCGGGAUCUCACCCAGGAGCAGACAGAGAAGCUGCUGCAGUUUCAGGAUCUGACUGGCAUAGAAUCUAUGGAUCAGUGUCGCCAUACCUUGGAACAGCAUAACUGGAACAUAGAGGCUGCUGUGCAGGACAGAUUGAAUGAGCAAGAGGGUGUACCGAGUGUUUUCAACCCACCUCCAUCCCGACCCCUGCAGGUUAAUACUGCUGACCACAGGAUCUACAGCUAUGUUGUCUCAAGACCACAACCAAGGGGGCUGCUUGGAUGGGGUUAUUACUUGAUAAUGCUUCCAUUCCGGUUUACCUAUUACACGAUACUUGAUAUAUUUAGGUUUGCUCUUCGUUUUAUACGGCCUGACCCUCGCAGCCGGGUCACUGACCCCGUUGGGGACAUUGUUUCAUUUAUGCACUCUUUUGAAGAGAAAUAUGGGAGGGCACACCCUGUCUUCUACCAGGGAACGUACAGCCAGGCUCUUAAUGAUGCCAAGCGGGAGCUUCGAUUUCUCUUGGUUUAUCUUCAUGGAGACGAUCACCAGGACUCGGACGAGUUUUGUCGCAAUACGCUCUGUGCACCUGAGGUUAUUUCACUAGUAAAUACUCGGAUGCUGUUCUGGGCAUGUUCUACAAACAAGCCAGAGGGAUACCGAGUCUCACAGGCUUUACGAGAGAACACCUAUCCGUUCUUGGCCAUGAUAAUGCUGAAGGAUCGGAGGAUGACAGUGGUGGGCCGGCUGGAAGGCCUCCUCCAACCUGAUGACCUCAUUAACCAGCUGACGUUUAUCAUGGAUGCAAACCAGACUUACCUGGUGUCAGAACGCCUCGAAAGAGAAGAAAGAAACCAGACUCAGGUGCUGAGACAACAGCAGGAUGAGGCUUACCUUGCCUCUCUCAGGGCCGACCAGGAGAAAGAAAGAAAGAAGCGGGAGGAGCGGGAGCGAAAGCGGCGGAAGGAGGAGGAGGUGCAUCAGCAGAAGCUGGCGGAGGAGCGGCGACGGCAGAAUCUACAGGAGGAAAAGGAAAGGAAGUUGGAGUGCCUGCCCCCAGAGCCUUCCCCUGAUGACCCCGAGAGUGUCAAGAUCGUCUUCAAGUUGCCCAAUGAUUCUCGAGUAGAGCGACGAUUCCACUUUUCACAGUCUCUGACAGUAAUCCAUGACUUCUUAUUCUCCUUGAAGGAAAGCCCUGAAAAGUUCCAGAUCGAAGCCAAUUUUCCCAGGCGGGUGCUGCCCUGUGUCCCUUCAGAGGAGUGGCCCAAUCCCCCUACGCUGCAGGAGGCUGGACUGAGCCACACAGAAGUUCUCUUUGUUCAGGACCUAACAGACGAAUGACCCUUUUUCUUUCUCUCCCCUCCUACCCUAAUCCCGAAAAGAAAUUGAAAAAACACAGAAAACAAAAAAAACAAGAGAGAAAUUCAUAUUAUAAUUAUUAUAAUACAAUAUUUUUUUUAAAAGACUGCUGCAUCCUGAAGAAGGAUCAGAAACCAUGCUGCCUGCAGAGUCGCAACCCGUGUGCGUGAGGUUAGCAGGGAACGGACCCACUCAGCAAGCCCCCCCACAGCCUCUGCACACGCACCUUCCGGCACACGGAGACGUGUCACCUUCAACCCAUCCAUCGUUCUAGCUGGGGAAGGGCUCAUCCCCACCAGUUCUCAUUCAUUCUUGCUUUGAUAGAAAAUAAAAGUGAAAAACCUUCAUCAGCCAGUGACUGCAGCGUCUCCUAGGACUCGCUUCUCCCACCUCUGGAGAGAGGAAACGGAAAGCCCAGAGCUGAGAUGUUCCUUGGACUGCCCAAGUUUCUGAGUCGCUUCAUGGUUUCUGUUGCUUUGUAAUGACCAAAGGAAGGAGGCUGACAGGUGUAUUUCCUUUUCCUCGACUUUAUUUCAUAAAGCGCCGAUUCUUAAGCCUAUGAGUUCAUGCCCUGGGCUCCUUAGCCCACAAUAGCAUAAUAAAGGCACCCGGGCGAGUUUGUGCUUA